CACCCAUGCAACCACCCACACGCGCACAGCUAGCUCACCUACACACACCAACACACGAUCCACCCCAUCCAUCGCAUCUCAUUCAGAAGCCAAAAAUCAGACAAACAGACAGACAGACAGACAGACAAAGAUCCCCAAACAAACAGAGACGAGCGGACAUUCCCGGAACAGACAGACAGACAGACGGACUGUGCCAACAACUCUCUCAAACCAGUGCAAUCCACAGUCCGUCUGUGUGUCUGCAGUGUAUUGUGACGCGACAGCAAAGCCCCCCCGUCUCUAUCAUAACAGUGUGUCGGUCGGUCGGUCAGUCUUCGUAAGGUGGGGGCGCGGGUGGUGAGGCUGACGUCUGGGCCCCCGCAGCCCCACGCAUGGCCGGCCGGCCGCUCAUCUCAGCCGCGCUGGGUGGAGGGGGCGGCACCCAGCCCCGCCGCUCGAACGCCGGGGGCUCGUCAUUGGCCCCAUUGGCCCGUGAAGACGAGGGAUGCCCCACCCCACCACCACCCCUGCCACCGCUGCCUGGAAAUAUCUCUGGGGGCAGGGGCGAGUAGGAGGUCGGCUGUUCGUCCGGCGGGGGUCCGGGGCGAUGGUGGCCGCCGCCGACAGGAGGGGGAUAGGGGGCAUAGGGGGCAGAGUGGGCGCUCUGCAUGUCAGCUGACUCCUCCAGAUGGAAGCCGGGCAUGCGUCGGCCGAACCGGCCUAUCUGGCGGGAGCCCCUGCCCCGCCGCGUGAACAUCCGACCCCGCAUGCGGCCCUCCGACUCGGCGAAGCUGUGCUCAGAAAGUCUGUCGGUCCCCCCUAAUGGCGCGUCCAUCCUGCCGACCGGCUGGCUGUGUGGGGAGAGGUCGGGUCUGAACUGGGGGCUCGACCGGCGCUGGUCGAUGUCGCGCUCGGCCGCCAGGUGGAUGAAUGCCACUGAAAUCGUGAUGAUGAAGGAACGGCAAGGGGGAUAGAUGGAGAGGAGAGGUGAGGUGAGUGUUUGUGCGUGUGCUCACUCUGUCCGUCGAUGACCCGUUGUGGCUCGAGCAGGACGUGGGAGGCGCUCUCAGAAGACACGAACGUGACGAACCCGAAACCUGUCAAACACAUCCAGCCAUGCCAUGCAUCCCUCACAUGACAAUCUGAUCUGCAACAACAUGCACCCCCCCAUCGUGGUCAUCGUGGUGUGGUGUGGUGUGCUCACCUUUGGACUUGCCGUAGCGGUCAUACAGCACUGAUGCAUCCUCCACAUCGCCUUGCUGCACGUGCCCACGGACACACACUCAUCGAUGGCUUGUGCGUGUCUCAAUCAAUCGGCCUGUCUGUCUGUCGCGCCUCACAUCUUCGAAGGCCUUCCGCAGCGAAUCGUUGGUCGUCCGCGUAUUCAGGUUCCUGACACACACGACACACAACACAUCACAUGGGCCACAUGGGCCAGGCCAUCAUCUCCGCCCCACCUGAUGAAUAGUUUGCGCAUGGUGAUGUGGUUCUCGUCAUAGCCAGCAGCCGUCCUGCCCGGCCCCGCUCCCCGAGCGCUGCUCGAGGCGCUCUCCCCCUGCUGACCCGCCGCCCUCGAACUGCUCGUCAGCGACAUGUGCAGCGGGUCAGAUGCCAAACCGACGGUGAGCCUCCUGCCAUCAAGAUCGACGGGCCGCUGGAUGGCCACGCGGGCGGCGUCAGCUGAGCGGAACGUGACGAAGCCGUAUCCCUUAGAGCGGCCGAAGGGGUCCGUAACGAUCACUCCCUCCUCUAUCGGGCCGAACUGAUUGAAGGCCUGCAAUACACACCACAUGACUGACAUAUACUCUCUGGCCGUAUCGACGUCGGCAACAGCGAGCGCAGCCUGCCUGGAGGAGCGAUUCGGUCGUUGUGCGGUACGACAAGUUCUGACCGACACACACAGAGUGAGUACGUCAUCAAUCAGUUCGAUGAUUCGCACCAUCUGUCUGUCUGUCUGUCUGCCUGUCUGUCUGCCUGUCUGUCUCCCGUACCUUGACGUACAACCGGCGGUGAGCUCUCGUCUGCAGGGAUACACACAAAGCACAAAGGCAGCCCAGAAGUGUACACGUCUGCUCCUUCCAUGCAUCUUUGCAUCCAUCCCAUUUGGCUCACUCACCUGCGACGCCACCUUGUAGAUCUCCCUCCUCGCCGCCGGAAUGGAGUCGCCCAGUGUCACCAGCAGCUCCACCAGCUGCACACAAACCCACAACCAGACACACAAGUAUCCCAGUCACAUGUCACUAUAUGACCCUUUGCGACUGAGUGAAUGAGUCAGUCCCGCUGACCUGCAUCUUGCCGAGGGGGCUGAGGAGCCUCCUCAUCUCUCCCCUGCCCAUGGCCACCUCGCCACUCAGCUCACCGUGAGCUGUGACCUCGCUGGGUUCGCUGGUGCACAUCGCGUCACACAGGCGGGUCACGUGAGAGUGCGGAGAUUGAUCAAACAACAAGGGGGGAUGAGAGGGGUGGGAAGGGGCCGCAUGGUGGUGGACCGACAAAGUGGGUGCGGAUCCGUGCAGUGAUCUCUCGGGCAAGUCAACUGAUGGCGGGGAGGGCAGCAUGAACCGGGGCUUUUCGUCCCAAGUUUCAUUCCGCA